AUGACCUCUGUCAUCUCCAUGUCUUCCAGACUAAUGAAUGUAUCCAGCAUAGAAACUAUCAACUUUGUUAGCUACUUUAUCCUCAUGGGUUUUCCCUCAAGUCCAGAAAUGCAGCUCCUCUACUUCAGUCUCUUCUCAGUAGCCUAUACUCUCACCCUGAUGGGAAAUGCAGCCAUUGUCUGUUCUGUGUGGUGUGACCAGCACCUUCACACUCCCAGGUAUGUCCUCUUGGGAAAUUUCUCUCUCCUGGAAAUAUGUUAUGUUACAAGCAAGUCCAUCUCAUUCAUGAGUUGUUUUGCACAGUUCUACUUCUUCUUCUCUUUUGGGUGCGAUGAGGGCUUCUUUCUUUGCAUCAUGGCCUUUGACAGGUAUCUUGCCAUCUGCCGCCCUCUACAUUAUUCACGCAUCAUGACUAAACAAGUAUGCACUGGCCUCAUCAUCUUUGCAUGGUCCUGUGGGUUUGUAAUCUUCCUAACUCCAGUUAUUCUCAUUUCACAGCUCUCCUACUGUGGCCCAAAUAUUAUCAACCAUUUUGUCUGUGAUCCUGUCCCACUGAUGAUGCUGUCCUGUUCUGAAGACAUUAUUACCCAGCUCAUUUACUCCACAUUCAAUUCUAUAUUCAUGAUUGGCACCUUUCUCUUUAUCCUUUGUUCCUAUGCUCUGGUGAUUCUGGCUGUAAUGUGGGUGCCCUCAGAGGCUGGCAAACGAAAGGCUUUCUCCACUUGUACUUCUCAUUUGGCAGUUGUCACCUUGUUUUAUGGCUCUAUCAUGAUGAUGUAUGUUAGACCUGGAUCAGGACACCCAGUAAAAAUGCAACAAAUCAUUACCUUGUUUUAUUCUGUGAUAACACCUCUCUGCAAUCCUCUAAUAUAUAGUCUCAGGAACAAAGAGAUGAAAGAUUCUCUGAAGAAAAUCUUCAGGACUGGAAAAUGUGUUAAUAAAAUAUAAAUGAGAUAAUUUCCAUUUAUCAAAUAUAACUUGAAUUAAACAUGAAAAUUUGUCUACAAAUUCAUUGUUUUAUUUAAGAACUCCUAUAAUAAUGACUCAUUAACAUCUUAAACACCACUCAUCACAAUUUGUAAUACUGUGGUCUUAUUUAAGAAGAAUGUUUCAACAAUGAAUUAGAUUUUGUGUUGAAAUGAAUAAAAAGUAUGUAAAAUUCUAUGUCUAAGCUAGUCAGAACCUCUAUAUGAAAUUCAACUUUUUAAAAAGAAUACAGAUAUCCUUUUUGUUUUACUGAGCUAAAGUAAUUGAUAACACAUGUAACAGAUAAUAUAGACUGCUCUCACAAUUAACACUGUAAUCCAGUAAUUGUGCAGUAGGAGAUACUAGCUGAGAAAAAGCCAAGGUUUAAGAAGUCCAGCUUGUCAAAAUGUAGCAAGUGGCCCUCACAUUAUGGAAAGAAACUAAUAACCUUAGUUUGAUAUUUAGUGUUUUUUCAGAGAGUACACAAAACUAGAAUUAGGAAUUUAAAGUGGAUUAGUUACCUGGAAUA